UUGUAGUCCGCGAGCGGGUUGGAUGGAAGGGGCUGAGCUGCGGCCAUUGACGAACGUGCUGCCGCCGUCUUCGCUGCCGCUCCUCUUAAGGGAAGUGGCGCCGCCAUUUUCUUUGGCGGACCGAAGCGAGUGUCAGGGCCGUGCACGGGGAAGGCAGCGAGUUAAUUAAACGCUUGCGCUGCCGGUUCUACAGAGCAGGCCUCGAAGGCACGUCUGAGCAGCCAGCAUUCCCUCUAUUCCACUUGAAAGUUAAUCUAAAAUGAGUGGCUGUCGUGUCUUCGUUGGCCGUCUAAGUCCGCAUGCUCGGGAGCGAGAUGUGGAGAAAUUUUUCAAGGGAUAUGGCCGUAUACGUGAAAUCAAUCUGAAAAAUGGCUUUGGCUUUGUGGAAUUUGAGGAUCAUAGAGAUGCAGAUGAUGCAGUUUAUGAACUGAAUGGUAAAGAACUAUGUAAUGAGAGGGUCACAAUUGAACAUGCCAGAGCUCGAAGAGGGGGUAGGGGCAGAUACCCACAACGGUUCAAUUAUUACCAAUCCUAUGGAGGUGGAUCUAGCCAGUAUGGUCCACCUCUUCGUACUGAACACAGACUUAUAGUUGAAAAUCUUUCUUCACGUGUUAGCUGGCAGGAUUUGAAAGACUUCAUGAGAAAGGCUGGAGAAGUGACCUUUGUCGAUGCUCACAGAAACAAUCCAAAUGAAGGUGUUGUGGAGUUUGCAUCAUCCAGUGACAUGAAGAGUGCUUUGGACAAGUUGGAUGGCAGUGAGUUGAAUGGGCGCCGAAUUAAACUAAUUGAAGAUCGCAAAAGGCGCAGCAGAUCUCGUUCACGAAGUUAUUCAAGAUCUCGCAGCAAGUCUAGAUCUGCAAGAUCUUCCAAGUCAACCAGCAAGUCUCGUUCUCGUAGCCGUACACCCGAAAAGAGGAGCUCCCGCAGCCGUACACCCGAAAGGAAGGGUUCUGAGAAAAACCAUCACUCUGGCCCACAAAAUUCCUCUCCAUCUCCUCCAGCCAAGAAGAGAUCUCGCUCUAGGUCGAGCUCUGCUGAAAGCCGCAGUUAAGGUAUUUCGAGAGCUGUAUAAAUAUUUCAUUUCUAAAUCAAAUUUUCUACAAGCUUGAAUAAGUUGCAAAUGGGCGGGGGGGAAUAAUUCAUCAGGUGAGCAUAGACCUCUGAAGAGUGGAUGUGAACUCCCCACCCAUCCCCACCCUUAAUGGAGUUAAGUAAAUUGUAACCAUUUAAUAAAACAACUUCAAUCGACAAAUUAUAAUUACCCGCCUGUACUAUGUACUACUGUAGGUGAAGCCUUGCUGACUAAAGCAGCACAGCAUAAUGAGAUUUUGCCCUUGCCAUUGAAUAUGAUAAAUUUAAGAGAUGGACUGUAGUACCACUUUUCAGAGUCCUUGGGCUGUGCUGCUUGUUCCCAUAUGGAUGAUCCACUAGUUAGCAUCCAAUACACCACCAUGGCUGAGCUUAACUGGUUAUUAACAUGCAGUUUUAAGAAGCUCUGGCUAACAUUCCCAAUAUACAAUAGUAGUGCACAGGAGGGCAUUUGGGUUGUGUAUAAGCUUUGCUGAUUCUAAACUAGUAUUUACAUGAAGAGAGACAAAGCAGGAAAGAUUUUUAAUGUUGGUGGUUAAGCUGAUGCUGUGCAUUUCGAAAUGCAAGUUUAGAAUAAACCCUUGACAAGAAGUGUCUUCUGCUUUGAGUUGCAUCUAGAUUGGAUAAAUAGUUUACAGAACUCUUCCUUUUAGAAAUAAUCUAAACAGAUGGGAUGCCAGUACAGCAGCUUAGGCGAAUAGUUAACCUGUUGUCUGAGAAGGUGUCAUUUUACAGAGGCAGCUCUUUGAAAACUACAAAUAUAUCAAUUUUGUUGGAAUUCAAGUUCUUUUUAAUAUUGCAAGGAAUGCAUUGUUCGCUAUGGCCACCAGAGUGCGACACUAAAUACUGCAGGUACAUGUGGUAUUGGUACCAGUAAAAUGUCAAAUUUAAGAGGGGAGGAUUAUUUUCAAACUGUCAACACAAACUUCCAGUAAAAGCUUAUUGUGAUGUGAAUUAAUGCUAAAGUGUAAAAGGGCAUUUUCUGGGGUUUAUGAAACAUGCUUUAGUUUUUGUUAGUAAGUAGUGCUUUGUUAGUCCUUAAUAAUUUUGUGAUCACUAAACUAUCUGGCUUCCACAUACCUAAAAAUGAGGGAAUUUGUAAACUGAACCCUAAAAUGUUUAAAUGUAUUGAUGUGACACAGUACAUUCAAUAAAUGUUUCUCCCCUGCUUACUGCAGCUUCAGCGGUCUUUCUGUGUUCAUUAAAAGCUAAGUUUGUAAACUU